UUUAUACGUAAGAUAAAUAAUUUUUCUAAUGGAACCUUUAUUGCCCAAGAUGCCUGCCGCCGUACCGCCAGCCGAAAAUGGCGCGCCGCGCAGCGAGCUUGAACAGCUCCAAUUACGUGCGGGCCAAGUUACUGAUGAGUCCUUGGAGUCGACGCGACGUAUGAUGCAGCUAUGCGAGGAGAGUCACGAGGUGGGCAUGAAAACCCUGGUCAUGCUGGAUGAACAGGGCGAGCAAUUGGAUAGAAUCGAGGAGGGAAUGGAUCAGAUCAACGCUGAUAUGCGUGAAGCGGAGAAAAAUUUGUCGGGAAUGGAGAAAUGUUGUGGCAUCUGCGUGCUUCCCUGCAACAAGGGUGCGUCGUUUAAAGAAGACGACGGUACAUGGAAGGGAAACGAUGACGGCAAAGUGGUGAACAACCAACCGCAGCGAGUGAUGGACGAGCGCAACGGAAUCGGCCCACAGGCUGGAUACAUUGGCAGGAUAACGAACGACGCUCGCGAGGACGAGAUGGAGGAGAACAUGGGCCAAGUGAACACGAUGAUCGGCAACCUGCGGAACAUGGCCAUCGACAUGGGCUCCGAGCUCGAGAACCAGAACCGGCAGAUCGAUCGCAUCAACCGCAAGGGUGAGAGUAACGAGACGCGCAUAGCCGUCGCGAACCAGCGAGCCAAUAAACUGCUAAAAUCUUAAACACUACGUCAGUAUGAACGUCUAGGUUUUACAGAAUGACGUUAAAACCUUCCCAUAUAUUAGCCUUCCUGUUAUUUAUAAAUGGCUCAUUGUAACCACAUAAAGCUAUUAAUAAAAUAUCAAAAACUGUAGAAUAUUGUAAUUUGUUGUGAAGCGUUUAUUAAAAAAAUCGCUUCUGUAACACACACGACACUUCCCUCUUUUGUAUUAUAUAUUUUUAAGCUUUCUCUUGUAUAUGUAUAUAUGUAAGUGGAGAUAAAUCUUAAAAUGCACUAUUUUUGCCAAUUUAUUUCGUAAGGCGCGAAAAUUCUUAUAUUUUCCGAUUCGUUUUUAACGUGUUUUCAUUUUAUGGACCAAUGACGAGUUUCUAACAGUACAAAUGAAGUAUAUUUUUAGUAUUUUCGACAUAUCAAUUCAAUUUCCUACUACAAUAGUCACGAUAAAACUUAAAUUAGCGUCAUUUUGUACAAUCCCUAGAAAGGUGCCGAACGUAAUGUAAUGGUUAAAUGUAUAUUCGAUUUAAAUACACACGAAUACAAUAAUGAGCAGAAUUGAAAAGAUUACAAUGAAUUUUAAGAAUAUAACGUUGUUACUAUAUUGUAGUCAUUCAAUACAAGUUUUAGUCAGAUUUAAAAAAAGCUAGUAGGAGCACGACUAUUUAAAUUAACUCUGUUUUACUAAUUAUACUCUGUAUGUGGAAAGCCGUGGCGGCAAAACGUAGGUCACAAUACGAUAUGUUUAUAUAAAAUGAUAUAAAUAUAUAUACCUAACAAGAUAUCGUUAUUUAAUUUUUCAUAAGUACAUUGUACAAUAAUUAGUUAAAAUGAAAAGGAGCCCUAGUCUAGUAUCCUUAUGUUAUCCCUUAGAUAGAAAUCGACUAUUUUCGCUUGAUAAAAGUAUUUGCACAAAAUUAUUUAAUGUGCCAAAAUAAAUUAUUGGUUCAUUCGCUAUACUAUGUAUUUACCCUGUUUAGUAGCUAGUGCUUUAUCAAUAAUUAUAUGUUCCUAAUUGUAUUGAAAUAUCGCUAUUUAUACUGAGUUUGUACUUCGCUGUUAAUCUAUAAAUUAUUUGAAAAUAAGCAAUUCGACUGUUACUUUAUGUCUUACGACUGUACUAUAUGAGAUUCAGUUAUUAGAUUAAGUAAUUUGUGCCUGAAAUGUGUAAUGUUAAAUUGAUUUACGCUUUCGUCUAGAUCAUUGAUUUUCGCUAGUUGCAUUAACCGAGCGUUUUUUAAUAUUAAUCCCUUGAUAAUUGUUAUUGUACUAUUUAUAAAAGAGCUUCCCCAAUGUUGAGAUGUUAUCACGUGGGAUCGUUGGAGGGGCUCUUUUACAGAUAACGAAUAGCGUAAUGUGAUUACAAAACAAUGCAAUAGUCUAUUUGAUAGUUGAGCAUUUAAAAACUUUAUUACUUAAAGUAUAUAUUAUGUAUUGUUGUAAGAGACGAAUAUGUACCGGCCUUAGUGUAAAGUUUAUAGAGACGUUAAUGGCAUUGGCUUGGCGUUGUUUACCGUUAACAUGGGGGAUUAUAGUACGUCCGCGAUCUAAAAUGAACCUUAUAUCAAUAGCUCACAGUUCAUUUCACUUCGUGGUAUACUACGCUCCCUUGCGUUGAUUAGAUUUAAGAAAAAAUUUCGAAAUUUCUCUGUCUCUCUCAAUCGUAUUAGUUUAAGAGUUAAAUUUAUCUUAUUCAAUAUUAUCGAAAAUAUUUUAACUGUAUCAUCUUUACAUAAUAAUUAGUCAUGUGUUUAAGUAAUGGAUUAUAUUCAAUAGAUGUGUAUAUUUACCGCCUGCGCAAAUAUAUUCGUUAAUAUUCAGCCUAAUAAUACCUACUGUAAUACAUAGAUAAAUUAUUUUCUUUAAGAGUUAGAGUAAUGUAUCGUUAGUGUACAAUGUUAAUUUCUAAUUAAAUUAUUGAUUUGUUAAAAUUAACUAA